GCCGGAGUGUGAGCAUCAAGGACGUAUCCCCCACCAAUAAUUCAGCCACUACGAAUUUAAUAGUUCUUUACCCCACUGAAUACAUUUAAUGCAAGUGAAGCGGCUUUCUCACGCAAACAGUUGGUUCACGAUGGCGGUUCGAUUCUGCGAUGUUAUUUUAAUCGGCUUGGUUUUUGUAGCAUAUUCACCACAAACUGGAAAAACUAACGUUUCAGAGAUAGCGCUGAGCAGGCCUGACUUCAAAAUUCAAAACUUACACGUAGGCGAAUUUGGUUGCGAAUUAUGUUUGGGAUAUACUUUGCCAUCCUCUGGUGACUAUCUUCAUCCGAUCAGGGGAGAUGACUUCGAAAAGAUCAUCAAAUUUGCCCAAAUCGUGCCUAAAGUGAAAAUUUACUCCUGCGAGUGCUGCCCCGAGGGAAAGGCCAGAAUAAGGGAUUGCGGUCUUUGCGUGGAGCAAUAAAACUGCAUGGGUCUUAUUUAACAAGGUCGGAGAAAAUAUUUACAAAUGUUUUAAAAUACUUUUAUAAACGUUACCAAAACAUAUACAUCUAUAAAGUGUUUUCUUUUUUAAAGGAAUGCAGCAUUUAGUUGGAGGAAAUGAAAUAGUUAACACAGAUGAAAUUCAAAGUCAUAUUUAACUAAAUAUUUAACUAAAUCAUGUUCACAUGACAUUCGGCACUGGAUGUUACAGGAGAUCCGAAGACAUGUUUUCUGCAGGUGAAAGUUAGCAUAGACAUGGCUAUUAGCAAAAGAAAAAAACUAUAUAUGCUGUAACUCGAUUUAAAAUAGAUGUAACAAGCAUGAUUUUAAAAAAUCCCGUAUAUGAAUUAAUUAUUGUAAGAAUGCACAAUUUCAGAAGAGAAAAAUCAGGACAGUGCCUUAAAGUAGGCUUAUUACACAUCUGCGUGAUUAAGAAUUCUUGAUAUGAUCGACAAUCAAUUAUUGACUUCAGUUCACAAAAUGAAAGUAUUCUUUUGAGGUUACAUUGAGUCAGUGCCAUCUCUGGUAAAAAUAAACAAAGCCAUAAAUUGUGGCUACAUAAAGAAAGCAAA